AUGCUGUCAGACAUACGAGCGAACAAUGGAAUUAGAGACAAUUUAUGAAAAUAUUAGAAACUGUGAUAUUACGGACACAUCUAGACCUCGAAUACAGAGUUACUGCCAGAAUGAAGGAAAAGCUCGAAAGCAAAGAGGAAGUAGAUGUUUGAUGUUGAUCACAGUGGGUCUUGGGCUCAUUUGUGUUCUUUUGGUGGUCUUCAUCAUACUACAGCAUAUCACCAUCACAAGAGAGAGACAGCUGUUAAAGCCAAGUUGCAAGAACAUAUUUCAAUUGUUCAAUGAAACUACAAACAGCUUACAGGAAGAUUACACUGAUCUAAUGAUUAAAAAAGACCAGCUGCAGAACAGUUUUAGCUCUUUGAGUCAGAAGAAACUGGAGCUGGAGACCACAGUGAAUGGUCUCACUGCUGAGAAAGACCAGUUACAGAGAAGCAUUGACUCUUUGAGUCAGAAGAAACUGGAGUUAGAGACUGAACUAAGGAUGUUAUCGGGACGAGGAAAUGGCAAGUUUUUCUAUUCCUAUGAGUUGAAGAGCUGGUCUGACAGCAGGCAUUACUGCCGGGAUCAUGGCGGUGAUCUGGUCAUUAUAAACAGUGAAGAGAAGCAGAGGUUGAUAUCUUCAUUUAUCAAGGAGAGAGUGUGGAUUGGUUUGUCUGACAUACAGCAGGAGGGCAACAUGAAAUGGGUGGAUAAUUCACCGCUGAAACAAGGGUUUUGGGACAGAAAUGAGCCAAAUGACGCAAAUGGAGCUGAAGACUGUAUUGAACUGAAUCCUGCAAAAUCUGUCCUGAACAACUGGAAUGAUAUCCGAUGCUCAGAUAAAAGAAAAUGGAUUUGUGAAAAUUAACAUCCAUUGCUUUAUCUUUAUGAUAUUUAAUAAUACUUUGAUAUUUCUGAAAUAAUAAUGCUUUAUCAUUUCUGAAUUAAGGCUCCUGUGAGCAAAACUAAUUUUUAUAAAAUAAUUACUAACUUAAGCCUUAAUUUUUUAUCUUUUCAUGAAAUUUCCUAAAUUAAGAGUGGCUAUUAAAUUUGUUAGAAGAAAAGAGUAAAAAUUAACUGACAACAUGCUGUCU